CGAGCGAGACAGUCUUCCGAGCAGAGCUCCCUGAUGAAAAGAGGCAUCCGACGAGAAGACUGAGGACCAGAUCAGUAAGCGAACAGAGAGUCCGGGAAGCACGGCAACGCCGAAACAUGGGAGGAAAAUGGUCUAGCAUGGAUCCCUCACAAAUUGAAGUUCCAGAAAUAAAAAUUCUUUUGGAAAGAGAUCCCUAUUUGAAGCCAUAUGAAAAUGAUAUUCGUCGAAGAUAUGCUAUAUUUAAAGAUUAUAUUGAAAAAAUACAGGAGGGAGAUGAAGAUUUAAAACAAUUUACAAUGGCAUAUAAAAACUUUGGAAUUCAUAUUCUGGAUGAUAAUAGUGUUAUUGCAAAGGAAUGGGCGCCUGCUGCGCAAGAAGUAUUUUUGACUGGAGAUUUCAAUAAUUGGAAUAGAACUGUCACACCAUUUAAGAAAUUGGAAUAUGGCAAAUGGGAACUGAGAUUACCUCCAAAUAUAGAUGGUAGUUGCUCUAUAAAACAUCUCUCUGAAGUAAAAAUUAUUAUCAAAAAUCAUAAUGAGUUGCUUGAGAGACUAAGUCCUUGGGCAACUUAUGUAACACAACCAGCAGAUAAAUCUGAGGGGACUACUUAUAAACAACGUAUAUGGCAUCCAUCUCCAGAAAAUGUAUAUAAAUUUAAACAUCCUAAACCAAAGAAACCAGAGAGUCUGAGAAUUUAUGAAUGUCAUGUUGGAAUCAGUACUCAAGAAUUACGGGUUGGUACUUAUUUGGAGUUUGCAAAAAAUAUAAUACCAAGAAUUAUAAAACAGGGAUACAAUGCAAUACAAUUAAUGGCAAUCAUGGAGCAUGCAUAUUAUGCUAGUUUUGGAUAUCAGGUAACUUCUUUUUAUGCUGCCUCAUCUCGUUAUGGGACUCCUGAAGAAUUGAAAGAAUUAAUAGAUGUGGCGCAUCAGCAUGGUCUUUAUGUACUACUAGAUGUGGUACAUUCGCAUGCAUCCAAAAACACCUUGGAUGGUUUAAAUAUGUUUGAUGGUACGGAUGCGUGUUUCUUUCACAGUGGUUGUCGUGGCGAGCAUCCAUUGUGGGAUAGCAGAUUAUUCAAUUAUGGCGAGUACGAAGUACUCCGAUUCUUAUUAUCUAACUUACGUUGGUAUAUUGAGGAAUAUGGCUUUGAUGGAUUCAGAUUUGAUGGUAUUACUUCAAUGUUAUAUCAUUCGAGGGGUUUUGGACAAGGUUUCAGUGGUCAUUAUGAUGAAUAUUAUGGUCUAAAUGUUGAUGUAGAGGGUGUAGUAUACUUAAUGAUUGCUAAUCAUAUGUUACACGAUAUAUAUCCUGAAAUGAUCACAAUAGCUGAAGAUGUUAGUGGAAUGCCAGGCAUUUGCAGGCCAGUUGCUGAAGGUGGUGUAGGAUUCGAUUAUCGAUUAGCUAUGGCUAUUCCCGACAAAUGGAUUAAAUUGUUAAAGGAGGUAAAAGAUGAAGAUUGGAAUGUUGGGGAUAUUUGUUGGACAUUGUCGAAUCGAAGAUGGAUGGAGAAGUCGAUUGCUUAUUCCGAAUCUCACGAUCAAGCUCUUGUAGGCGACAAAACAAUCGCUUUUUGGCUUAUGGAUAAGGAAAUGUAUACACAUAUGAGUACUCUGACACAUAGUGAUAUCAUUUCGCGUGGUAUUGCUCUCCAUAAUUUAAUCACACUGAUCACGCAUGCUUUGGGUGGUGAAGCUUAUCUAAACUUCAUAGGUAAUGAAUUCGGUCACCCUGAAUGGCUCGAUUUUCCAAGGGUUGGAAACGGGAACAGUUACCACUAUGCGAGACGUCAGUGGAACUUAGUAGACGAUGAAUUGUUAAAGUACAAAUAUAUGAACAAUUGGGAUCGCGCAGUAAACACACUUGAAGAAAAAUAUGGAUGGCUGCAUGCUAACCCUGGUUAUGUGAGUUGGAAGCAUGAAGAUGACAAGGUGGUUGUCUUUGAUCGAGCUGAUCUAGUGUUUGUCUUCAAUUUCCAUCCGAAUAAAUCAUUUGCCGAUUAUCCAAUUGGUACAAAGAAACCAGGAUCUUAUAAAAUUAUUUUAUGCAGUGAUGAUGAACAGUUCGGUGGACAAAAUCGAGUAGACUUGAAUGUGCAACAUUUCACUCAACUAGAAUCAUUUUCUGCAUAUCCACACAAAAUGAUGGUCUACAUUCCGUGCCGUACAGUCAUAAUUUAUGCACAAGCUGGUCCAUAAAUACACACAUUACCUCUAAAUCAUGAGU